AUGGCUCGCAAGAUCCUCAGCACUUCACCUCCACCGGAGGACUCGCGGAGCCCGCUCCACAUCUCCUCGUACAGCCUCCCAUCCGGCUCCCGGAUCCCCAAGGUGAUGAUCGCGGUGGUGGCGGGAUUCGUGCUCACCACCGCCAUCAUCUAUUACACUUGCAAGUGGGUCUUCCGCAAGAAGUGCCCCGACGCCACCGACGCCACCGCCGCCGCCUCCGGCGCCCCUCCGCCACAGCCGGACUCGCUCGAGGAGCUCCAGGCCCGGGUCACCAAGAGCCUGGCGCAGCGCCUGGGCAGCAAGAUCGCCACGGCCAUCCCGACGGUGAGCUACGCGGAGCUGGCGGAGUUCCGCGCCAGGGGCGAUCCCAGCGGUGGCGCCGCCGCCGCGGAGGCGGAGGCUUGCGCGGUCUGCCUCACGGACUUCUCCAAGAACCCGGCGGGGACCAAGAUCAAGAUCCUGCCCAAGUGCGCGCACGCAUUCCACUGUAGCUGCAUCGAUCUGUGGCUCAUGACCCACGCCUCGUGCCCGAUCUGCCGCGCCAGCUUGUUCGUAGCGCUGGCGGACCUAAAUGCCUGGGCCUCUCGCGGCGGCGCCUCCUCUUCCCCAACGCCGCCGCCGCCGCCUCCAAUCGAGCAUCGUCCUCCUCUUCCGCCCGAGCGCCGCCCCGAGGAUCAAGGAGGCGUGUGA